UGUCCUCUUGUUGUUCUUUACUCUUUGUCAGGAUUCAACAGCUGGGUGGAACUCCGACAAAAAAAAGUUGCUUCAGUGACAAUUUCCAUGGGGAUGGCAGUUUGACUCGGAGACCACUUAUCUGUCUUAUUUAGUGUUUAGUCCUCAUUUUAAAUCAUGGAUUUCAAUGUCAAACGGUUAGCGGCAGAUGCUGGUACUUUUCUAAGCCGUGCAGUCCAAUUCACAGAGGAGAAACUUGGCCAGGCUGAGAAGACAGAGUUGGACGCCCAUUUGGAGAACCUUUUGGCCAGAGCCGAGUGCACCAAGCAAUGGACAGAAAGGAUUAUGAAGCAGACAGAGGUUUUACUACAGCCAAACCCGAAUGUCCGGCUAGAAGAAUUUCUGUAUGAGAAACUGGAGAAAAAAGUCCCCACGCGAAUGAAUAACCAUGAGCUGCUUGGCCAAUCCAUGAUCGACUCUGGCAAUGAGUUUGGUCCCGGAACUGCCUAUGGAAACGCCCUGAUAAAAUGCGGAGAGACAGAGAAGCAGAUUGGCGGGGCCGAGCGGGAGUUCAUCCAGAGUUCGGCCAUCAACUUCCUCACACCGUUCAGGAACUUCCUGGAAGGGGACUUCAAAACCAUCUUGAAAGAACGGAAGCUGCUGCAGGUCAAGCGCUUGGAUCUGGAUGCAGCCAAAACCAGGCUAAAGAAAGCCAGGAUGGCUGACGCUAGAGCUGUGGCAGAGCAGGAACUAAGGAUGACCCAGAGUGAGUUUGACCGGCAGGCAGAGAUCACCCGACUGCUCUUGGAGGGCGUCAGCAGCACUCAUGCACACCACCUACGCUGCUUGAAUGACUUUGUUGAGGCCCAGACUACAUACUACGCACAGUGUUACCAGUACAUGGUGGAUCUCCAAAAGCAGCUGGGCAGUUUCCCCUCUUCAUUCUCAAACAACAACCAGUCCUCAGUGUCAGGCGGGGCCAGCAUCUCAGUGCCCACCAUCCCUGUGUCGGCCUCUCUGCCCAGCCCGUCUGCAGGCCGCGGAGGCUCCACAGCGUCGGGCGGCUUCAGUGAGCUGAGGAGUUCCAGUGGCAGCCGCAAGGCCCGAGUCCUGUAUGACUACGAUGCCGCUGGCAGCAGCGAGCUCUCCCUGCUGGCUGAUGAGGUGAUCACGGUCAGCUGUGUCCCAGGCAUGGAUUCAGACUGGCUGAUGGGUGAGCGCGGCAACCAGAAGGGCAAAGUGCCAAUCACCUACCUGGAGCUGCUUAACUGAGACCCUCCAGACGUCCCGCGACAAAACAAGCCGACCCACCACUCUGCAACCCAGGCUGUGAUCUCAUAUUUAUAUCGUGUUGCAGGGACAGGCGUCACUUUCGCUUCCAUUCAGUCCAUUUCAGCUCAAGAGUCAGAUGUUUUAGUCCAGAAUGAACCGUUUUCGAGCUGGAGUGAAUCAGUUGGAGUGAAGGGAAAGGAAACGGCCCCGUUCCCUGGUGUGUAUACAACUUGCAGUAUGUUUGUAAAACCUUGCUUCCAUGCCUCUCUGUUUGCCGCCAUGCCAUCUGCAAUAUGUGCCAGAACAUCUCCCAAACUGUAUUUUUACAAGUUUUUUGUUUGUUUGUCUGUUUACAACAUAUAACUCAGAUGGUUAACUAAAUGCUUUUGAUGUGAUCUUUCUCUCUUCCUCCUCUGCUAAUAAUAGUUCAGUUUUUGCAGCUAAUGACAGCCUAGAUACAUUAUUUUUAAUGUUUGUAAAAAAAAAAGAAAAGAAAAAAGAAAGAAAGAGCACUUCAAUUUGAGGCAGAAAAUCAUUUUGAUUAUUUUAUUACGUCUUAUUUUAUGAUCGAUUAUCUCAUGCAGCAGCCUUUAAGAUUAUCAUAAAACAUGACAUGCUUUUUUAAUAGAAUAUGUAAUGUGCGCCAGCUUGUUUCUCAUGGACAUUGAGCAAAUCAGAAGAAACAGAGGAUUCUCAAGCUCUAACUGAUGAAACUCACAUGCCAUAUAUUAUUUUUAGUGCCUGUGGAAAUAUUUUGUCCACAGCAAAUCCAGCAUUGACACAGACAAGACUGAUAGCCUUUGCAAGACUAAAUGCCUUUCCUCCAGUUACUCCAGAAGUAUUCCAACUAACCACCAUUUCAAUCUUCUCGCUCUUAGUAUUGAACCCUACGAUUUCAAUUAAAACUAUUGAGAACUGGGGACCAGCAUUUCCAACCUCUGUUUAGGAAAAAGUGUCAACCAGAUGACAGUUGUUCUUAAGUUAUUGCUUUGGAUAUUGCUCACAAAUAUGAAAUAGGCUCAUGUGGCCUCUGGUUUUGGUAGAUCUAAUGUUUACUAUGAAGAAACAGCGCCUUAAAUUAAAACCAAAACCGGUUUUGGAUUUUACUAAUACGUCAUCCUGCCAGUAUCCCUUCAGACUCAAGUUCAGCUCUGUCUGCAUAGAAAUAAAAACAUGUAUUAUUACAUUCUGGGAGUUAAAAGUAUGUUAUUACACUGUUGCCUUGAUAUUUGUGUAACUGAUAUGAUAGCAUACAAAUAUAUGCUAUAUGAUGCAGUAAAAAAAAGAAAAAACA